AUUUCGGCACGAAUUCAUCAAUUGGAGUAAAGAGAGCAUUCUGGACCAAUAAUGAGCCUGAGACAUGCUUCGCAGCACGUAGCGAGCCGGAAUUCGUGUCUGCGAAGCUCCUACGCCGAAAUAUCGCGUUUUGUUCGAACACGCCAUCACGGGAUCACGCCCAGCGUUACAACAUGCGCUCGCAAUGCAGUGCGCUUCUUUGCCAGCUCAGCUGCCAGGGGAGUCCGAAUUGAGCCGGAUGAGAAGCUGCAGAAAGCACUCCAGGAAUUCAAAGAGACAACACGCCCAUCCCUUUGGAAUGGAUUGAAUAAUCUCGGAGCAGAACUGAACAAAGCGCCGCCCGGUAAAGAGAUCACCCUGUGCGGGUAUCUAGAGACGCGCCGCGAUGUGACCAAAAAGCUGUCCUUCGCCGUACUCCGAAGCAAGAAUCAAACGAAGCGCAUUCAGCUCGUCUCAUCCGCUAGUGACGGAGUCGGGGAAUCGGAAGCCCACGUGCGAUUGCGCAGCCUGCGAGACUGGACGCCCGUGCUCAUCAAGGGGACAGUAAAGGAGCGGGAGCCACCUCCAGAAAGCACAGUCCCAGGUCCGAGAUUCAUCGAGCAGCGAGAAAUUGCGUUGAAAUGGAUACAACCGUUGAACGAGAUUCCUUCCGAUGUUAUUAUCAAAGAGGAGACAGUGUUUGGCCCUGAACAGCGGCACCUACAGCUUCGCACAAGCUGGGAUUUACGGGCCAACCUUAUUAUGCGGCAUACCGCCAUGCAAAGAGCAAGGACAAAGCUGGGCAUACUAGAAUGGAAAGAAGUUGAGACGCCUAUUUUGUUCAAAUCGACGCCAGAAGGCGCACGAGAGUUCUUGGUACCGACACGGAACAAGGGCCUGGCGUAUGCGCUGCCGCAGAGUCCGCAGCAGUACAAGCAAAUUCUGAUGGCGUCUGGGUUCACCAAGUACUUUCAAUUUGCGAGAUGCUUUCGGGAUGAGGAUCUGAGGGCUGAUCGCCAGCCUGAGUUUACACAACUCGAUAUGGAAAUGUCGUUUGCCGGGGAAGAAGAGAUUAUGGCAGGGGUUGAAGCUUUGGUCAUGGAGCUGUGGAACAAGCUACUGGACGUGAGGUUGCCGCCGCACUUCCCAAGGAUGACUUACCAAGAAGCGAUGGCUUCGUAUGGCUCAGACAAGCCGGAUAUGCGCUUUACUCCAAAGCUACAUUCCAUCACUGAAUACCUACCCCACGAUCUGAUAAGCAAGAUCACCCCUCUGCAGGAUCCAGUAGUCGACGCAUUCAAGAUGACCAUCUCUCAGGACCCCAAAGCAACGCGUAAGUUCAUCUCCGACUUUCUGGACAGCCCAGACGGAAAACCCUACCUCACCAACCCCGACGGCCAGCCGGCGGUCUUUAUAGGCGAUGCAUCGCAGCCCCUCCAAGGUCUCGGCUCACUUGGCCAUGCCUUCUCUAUGGAGUGCCCUCAAGAAGUCGCCGUCGAUCACGGCGAGCUCCUCAUCCUGCAAGCGCGCAAGAACGAACCCUUUUCCGGUGGCUCUACCAUGCUAGGAAACUUACGUCUUGCCUUGUACAAAGCGGCCAUAGCCCAAGGUCUUAUCAACGCACCAGGGCCCAACCAGUUCAAGUUCCUCUGGAUAACAGAUUUCCCGCUCUUUUCGCCUUCGAACGACACGGACCCCGGACAAGGUGGCGCCGCUGGUCUCUCUUCGACCCACCACCCGUUCACGGCGCCUAAAACUGCAGAAGACGUGGAGCUCCUUCUCACAGCUCCCGAAAAAGCCAUUGCUGCACACUACGACAUCGUGGUCAACGGCGUGGAACUAGGAGGUGGAAGUCGCCGUAUCCACAACGCCGAGGUGCAAGAAUUCAUCUUCCGCGACGUGCUGAAGAUGAAGCCCGAGCGCAUUGAGGACUUUAGGCAUCUACUUGAUGUCUUGCGCUCAGGGUGUCCGCCACACGCGGGUAUCGCCCUGGGAUGGGACAGACUUAUGACGGUUUUGAUGAAAGCAGAGAGUGUAAGAGACGUCAUUGCCUUCCCGAAGAGUGGGAGCGGAGAAGAUCCCCUGGUCAAGGCUCCGAACCGCAUGACUGAGGAGCAGUUGAGUACGUAUCACCUGCGAUUGGAAGAGUGAAGAGGUUGGCAUCUUCAUUUCUAGAGCUGUCUUACUGUCUUAUGUACCAUGUCCCCCUCAGCCCAGUAUCAUUUUCUUAUUGGCAUCUCUGGGCGUUAGUCUUCCUAGAUUGUACAGUACCCGUAUGUGUAGAGCUGCGGAGGGCCUAUGCCAAUUGCGGAAAGUGAAUUGAAAGCAUUCAACGGCGAUCAAUCGGUCCAGGAUAUGAGAAUGAGGGGAAGCGCGAAAGAGGAAAAGAGAGCGAGCACUCAAGGUGGUCUUUGGUGUAGCAUGGACGCACGGACCAUGUGCCAUCCGUACUUGCCUCGGUCCAAUUCGUAUCAAAUGUCAUGCUUCGAAC